UGAUGACGUAACCAUGAAGUUUCCAGAGGUCGUCUUCUGUAAAUAAUAUAUAUCUUAGCUCUUGCGUUACACCGCGUCUCUUAACCUAACUAUAUGACAAUGAAUGUUUUCGUCAACUCGUGGCAGAUUUGCUGACGACAAUGUCAAUACUCUGGGAUCUCUGUUGUUGCUGGUUUCGCUACAUGUAGCAGUACUGACCAACACGUUAGCAUGCGCUAGCAAGCUCUGCUAAUUCGGGGAUAUCGAGCCGUUACCACUGCGCUAUAUCGAGUUCGUGUCGACGUUUGACAUGACAGUCAUCUGUACCAUCCAUCACUACUGAUACAAGCUGAAGGUCAAGCCUGCCUAGAUGUUGCGCCUCCUGUCUAGCAUGCAGCCAUGAGCUCAGCCCUCUGGAGCCAGGAGAAGCCCCCCGGGGGCUUCAGGGAGGACUGGCGCUUCUACAUGGUUGUGAAGGAGUGUACGGUGGAGAAGCCUCCCCAGAAGACACUGAGAAUCCCACGUGGCAGUCUGGGUCAAUCAUGCCAGGAACGCAACAGCUUGGGGCGCACACUUCCCACGUGCAAGGGCAAAAAGAGCCUCCGCAUUCUGGACCAGACCAAUGUGGUACUGAGCCUGGAUGAGAGGGAUAUCAAGGAGAUGGACGAGAAGCUGGCGGAGCUGCUGUUCCCCAUUACUAACUGCGAGGAGCGGUAUGCUCUGCUCUACAACAAGUGUCGGCUGGAUCGCAUCCGUGAUAUUGACUGCGGUUCGAAGGUACGCGUACAGCUCCGCUCAGGGGAUGAGCCGCUGCCUGGCGUCGUCCGUUUCAAAGGGUCUCUGCUCCCCGACAGAGCACUCUCUGGAAUCUGGUUCGGAGUAGAGCUUUUGGAGGAAGGCCGAGGCCAGGGCUUCACGGAGGGAUCGUACCAGGGUCGGCAGCUUUUCCGUUGUGAGGAUGAGUGUGGCGUGUUUGUGGCUCUGGACAAACUGGAACUCUGGGAGGAUGAUGACGAUGACUUGGCUGAACUCGAGGUAGACCAUGUGAAUCUUGUUGAGGAUGACCAGGACUUCCCUCGCCUGGAAAUCAACUCCAGGGUUGUAGUACAGACCAGAGAAGGACCUGAGAGAGGAACCAUUAUUUUUUGUGACCUCCUUCCCGGGAAUGAGAGCCUUGGCUACUAUGUUGGAGUUGACAUGGACAAUCCAAUCGGGGAGUGGGACGGCCACUUUGACGGAAAGCUGCUGUGUGACUUCGCCAGUUUGGAGCACACUCGUCUUGUCCCCAUCUGUGACGUUAUGCCAGAAUAUUCCAUGCAGGACCAGAGGCUGCAGAAGCACAGUUUUGGCCCCAGAGGCAGCAACAGUGACAAAUUCUGUGGCCAAGGCAAACCAAAGAGCAAAGGAUUAAGUCAUCAGUGCAGCAGUAGGAGCAAAUCAGAAUUUUACUAUACUUUAAAUGGCAGCUCUGUUGACCCUCCCAUCCAGCCCAAAUCCAAAAGCACAUGGUACAUUGAUGAAGUUGGGGAAGACCCUGCUAAGUCACUCACUGAAACCCCCCCAGACUUUAACCAGUCGUCACCGCCCUCCCGAGCGCCACCAGCUGCCUCGUUGUCCAGUGACAAUAAGUUCCAUUCUCUGCCCUUCAGCUUGAACCGGAAGAGUGGGCCCAUUGACAGCAUGAGUCACGGGCCUCUCUCCCUGUCUGUCCAGUCAGUAAUGGGAGAGCAGCCCGAACCCACGUCACCCGCCGCUCCUCCUUCGCCACAGCCGCCGACCAGUGCCAGAGGACAGCCUGGUCUGGAGGUGGGCUCGCUGGUUGAGGUGAAGGAGAACCCUCCUCUUUGUGGGGUGAUUCGCUGGGUGGGCCUGCCGCCCGGACUGUUGGAGCCUUUGGCUGGACUUGAGCUGGAGGAGGAGUGCCCCGGUUGCACUGACGGCACCUUCAAAGGUACGCGGUACUUCACCUGCCCACCCAAAAAAGCCUUGUUUGUGAAGCUCAAGUGUUGCCGGCCAGACUCCCGCUUCCCAUCCCUGCACCACUCCUCCAACCCUAUAGAGCGUUGUAACUCCAUUGCUUUUGGUGGUUACUUGAGUGAGGUCGUACAUGAGAAUACACCGCCACGGUCUGAAACUGAUGGUCUGGAUGUCAUGGUGGGAAAGAAGAAGGGCAUCCAGGGUCACUACAACUCCUGCUACUUGGACUCCACCCUUUUCUGUCUCUUUUCCUUCAGCUCAGUACUGGACACGGUCCUGCUGAGACCUCGCUCUAAAACAGAUGUGGAAUAUUACAGAGAGACCCAAGAACUUCUUCGUACGGAGAUAGUGAACCCACUGCGGAUACACGGCUAUGUGUGUGCUACUAAAGUGAUGAAACUGAGAAGGAUUUUGGAGAAAGUAGAGGCAGCGUCUGGUUUCACCUCUGAAGAGAAAGAUCCCGAAGAGUUUCUCAACAUCCUUUUUCAUCACAUAUUAAGGGUGGAUCCAUUGCUCAAGCUCAGGUCAGCAGGACAGAAGGUCCAGGACUGUUACUUUUAUCAAAUCUUCAUGGACAAGAAGGACAAAGUUGGCGUGCCCACCAUCCAACAGCUGCUGGAGUGGUCGUUCAUCAACAGUGAUCUCAAGUUUGCCGAGGCUCCCUCCUGCCUUAUCAUCCAGAUGCCCCGCUUUGGCAAGGACUUCAAAAUGUUCAACAAAAUCUUCCCCUCCCUGGAGUUGGACAUCACAGACCUCCUGGAAGACACACCUCGGGAGUGUCGAAUCUGUGGAGGUCUGGCUCUCUAUGAGUGCAGAGACUGCUACGAGGAUGCCGACAUCACCGCGGGGAAGAUCAAACAGUUCUGUGAAAAGUGCAAUACCCAGGUCCACCUCCACCCAAGAAGAAAGUCCCACCGGCAUGGCAAACUGUCCGUCCCCAAGGAGCUGCAAGACGGAAUCGGGCGCCAGGCUGGUUUCCCUCGCCAGACGAUGGAGCUGUUCGCCGUCCUCUGCAUUGAAACGAGUCACUACGUGGCUUUUGUCAAGUACGGCAGCGCAGAUUCCGCCUGGCUGUUUUUCGACAGCAUGGCAGACCGUGACGGAGGACAGAAUGGUUUCAACAUCCCCCAGGUGUCGCCCUGUCCAGAGGUGGAGGCGUACCUGAAAAUGACCCCGGAGGAGCUGCACAGUCUGGACCCAAAAAGCAUCCAAGGUCAAGCGCGCCGCCUGCUGUGCGACGCCUACAUGUGCAUGUACCAGAGCCCGACCAUGAGCCUGUACAAGUAGAGUCCGCCAUGACACUCCUCCCCCCCAGUCCUCGGCCAGUCCACCUGCCCCUCCCUGAGGGCAGGAGAUUCCCAGAAAGACCAAAAAUGAGAAAGUAAACUCAAAAGAAGAAAGGCAGGCUGCAGCUGGGGAGCUGUCCAGAGUUAACCCUCUCCACUCCGCUUUCCUCCAUGUCUCCUUCUCCCGGGCGGGAGACACCGAAGAGAAAGAGAUUUGCACUGUGCAUCACUUGAAGUCUGUUGUAGCUUCCCGCAGGCUGGAGCCUUUGUGCUGGAUGAUGAAGCAAAUCUAGGCCUUAUGAGGACUCGCUGCUUGUUCAGAGAGGAAGAGUCUUUGGAGCUCGCAAGGAGGACCUUCACCACCUCAUUUACCUUAAGAACAGUGCAGUCCUGUUAAUCACUUCAAAAGACCAGAGCUUUCCAUGACAAGUACAACAACCCUUCGACCCAUUUGUUCUGAAGUAGCAUAGUGUUCACUCAGUAGUCCAUCAUCAAAACUGUAGGUGUCUGUGCAGCUAGAACCUUCUGCUAUUUGUGAACCAGUCGGCGUCAUCUCUCACCGCGCUGUGUGUCUAAACCGUACUCGUUCAGAAAGAGAUGUAGCCAGUGUAAAACUCUCGCUCCGAACAUGCUGCACUUCUCCUCCGUCCCAAAGUGGAGCCAUCACUUGCCCGACCUUCCAAUUUGUUGGUUGGGAGACAUGGUUUUGUGUUACAGAAUACAAAUUUGCUUCUCCUCUGGAGCUGUAAAGAAUGGUCUGCAUCGCUAAUGCAGCGGAGAUGCCAGAUAAAUGCAUGAAAGGAGAUUUGUACAAUGGCUCCUGUUGUAAAGCCGGAGCUCUGUGUGCAUUCACAGGAUCAGAAGGGGAGGGGGCGAGGGGGGGGCUACUGGAAAAUUCCGGAUGUUUUUCUUUUAAAGGAGAAGUGUGGUGUGAAGAUUUGACUCACACGUUGAUGACUAAAUCCAAAUGAUAUUUUGUGUUUACAGAGUUUUGUCGGAGAGUGAAGUGUUGCCUUCAUGAAGGUGUGUAAAUGUUUCCAGCCACGCAGCACAUAACAGAAACAAGCGAAUAAUCUUAUUUAUUGAAAUAUUCUAAUCAUAUUAAAAGUGUUUUUAUAAAGACGGCACAGAGGGAGGUUUUUGUCGUUUCAAGUUUGAAGUGAUUUUUGUUUUUAUGCUGCCUCCAAGCAACUACUGAAUGUUUUACAAGUUGUGCAGCGGCGAAAAGAUGGCAGUGUAAUUGAGCUCUAUACCCGCCUAUUAAUGUCUAAAGUGUAUCCAUCAUACUUUAGCUCAAGUGGUCAAGGUUUGAAACUCGAUACUACCUAGAGUUUUUAUUUAUUCCUCACAACUUGAACUUGUGGGUUUGUGUGGAAGAAGAAGGGAUACUCGUGUUGCUUUUCUGUUCUGAUGCUCACUGACUGAAGCACAUUCUCUGAGGAUGGAGGUUCUCUGUUGCAUCUGUGCAGUGUUAAACGUGUAACGGGUGGAAGUUGUUGUCAGUGGUGUUCCUGUUCAUGUUACUGAAAUAAAGCCCGUUUUGAAGGGUCG